AUGGCUAUUCCCCCCUCCUCCGCCUCCCUGCUACUUUCCCCAUCCCUCCUCGCCUUUCCUCCCGGAGAUCGGAAGGACUGGGACUUUGAUUUCUCCGGGAGAAUCCCCAGGGCAGCCGCCCCUCUGCUCCUCCUUUCCCUGGCCGCUCCCUCCCGGCUGGCCAACUUGGGGGUGGUCGCUCAGCGUGGGGUUUUUCCGAAGGCGAGAUCCUCCCAUUUUCCCGGUACGAUCAGGCUCACUGGGGAGCGGGUGGGAGCCAAAGGCGAGGACGCCUUGAAAGUGUGCCUGGUCUCUGCAUGGCCCUCCGACCCGGCCGGACCUGGCCCGGGGCAGAGGCCCCCGCCGGCCCCGCGCUCCCCUCCCCGAUUGUUCGGCUUCUGCUCGAUGCCAACUUCAAGGAAGGGGGCGGCGGGUCGGGCGUGGCUCCCCCUGACCUGCCUGCUGGCGUCCUGGCUGUGUCCGGGGUCGCGGGGCCUGGUGACCCUGCAGUACGCGGUGGACGAGGAGCAGCGGGCGGGGACGGUGAUCGGCGACGUGGGCCAGGACGCGCGGGCGGCGGGGUUCGCGCCGGCGGGGCCGGGGUUCCGCGUGGUGUCCAACUCGGCCCCGCACCUGGUGGAGCUGAGCCCGGGGUCGGGCCUGCUGGUGACCAAGCAGCGGAUCGACCGGGACGAGCUGUGCGGGCCGAGCCCGCGGUGCGUCAUCGCGCUGGAGGUGAUGUCGGGCUCGCUGGAGAUCUGCGCGGUGCAGGUGGAGGUGCGGGACCUGAACGACCACGCGCCCAGCUUCCCGGCCGACCCGCUGGAGCUGGAGAUCUCGGAGGCGGCCAGCCCGGGGACGCGGCUGCCGCUGGACAGCGCCCACGACCCGGACGCGGGCCCGUUCGGGGUGCAGGCGUACGAGCUGAGCCCCCGGGACCUGUUCGGGCUGGAGGUGCGCACCCGCGGCGACGGGACGCGCUUCGCCGAGCUGGUGGUGGAGAAGCCGCUGGACCGGGAGGCGCAGGCCCGCCACACCUACCGGCUGACGGCGCUGGACGGCGGGGACCCGCCGCGGCGGGGCACGGCGGCGCUGACCAUCCGGCUGACCGACUCGAACGACAACCACCCGGCCUUCGCGCAGCCGGCCUACAGCGUCAGCCUGCCGGAGGACGCGCCGGCCCGCACGCCGGUGAUCCGGCUGAACGCCUCGGACCCGGACGAGGGCACCAACGGCGAGGUGGUCUACUCGUUCGGCGGCUACGCGGGCGAGCGGGCCCGCGGCCUGUUCCGCAUCGACGCGCGCAGCGGGCUGGUGACGGUGGGCGGCCCGCUGGACUACGAGGAGGCCCGCGCCUUCGAGCUGGACGUGCAGGCCAAGGACCGCGGGCCCAACGCCGUGCCGGCGCACUGCAAGGUGACCGUGCACCUGCUGGACGUCAACGACAACGCGCCCGUCAUCACCCUGCUGUCGGUGCACGGCGACCUGGUGGAGGUGAGCGAGGCGGCGCCGCCGGGCUACGUGAUCGCCCUGGUGCGGGCGUCCGACCGCGACGCCGGCGCCAACGGCCGCGUCCGCUGCCGCCUGCUCGGGGCCGUGCCCUUCCGCCUGCAGGACUACGAGAGCUUCUCCACCGUGCUGGUGGACGGCCGGCUGGACCGCGAGCGGCGCGACCGCUACAACCUCACCCUGCAGGCCCGCGACGGCGGCUCGCCCGCCCUGCAGGCCGCCCGCUCCUUCGCCGUCCGCGUCACCGACGAGAACGACAACGCGCCCCGCUUCUCCGAGCCCCGCUACCGCGUGGCCGUGCCCGAGAACAACACGCCCGGGGCCUUCCUGCUGGCCGUCACCGCCCGGGACCCGGACCUGGGCCCCAACGGCACGGUGGCCUACCAGAUCGCCCCGUCGCAGGUGCGGGACAUGCCCGUCUUCACCUACGUCAGCAUCAACCCGGGCUCCGGCCACGUCUACGCCCUGCGCUCCUUCAACCACGAGCAGACCCGGGCCUUCGAGUUCCGCGUCCUGGCCCGCGACGGCGGCAGCCCGCCGCUGCAGGCCAACGCCACCGUCCGCGUCGUCGUGCUCGACGCCAACGACAACGCGCCCGUCAUCACCGCCCCGCCGCUCGUCAACGGCACGGCCGAGGUCUCCGUGCCCCGCCGCGCCGGCCCGGGCCACCUGGUCACCGUCGUCCGCGCCGACGACGACGACGACGGCGACAACGGCCGCCUGGCCUACGAGGCCGCCCCGGACGCCGGCGCCGACCGCGCCUUCUUCCGCGUCGACCCCGACAGCGGCGAGGUCCGCACCGCCCGCGACCUGGACGGCGCCGCCAAGACCGCCUUCGAGCUGCUCGUCGUCGCCCGCGACCACGGCGACCCCGCCGCCCUCUCCGCCUCCGCCCUCAUCCUCGUCUACCUCGCCCCGCCGGGGCCCGACGCCCGCGAGGCCCUGGCCUCCGUCAACCUCUCCCUCAUCUUCAUCGUCGCCCUGGGCUCCAUCGCCGCCAUCCUCUUCGUCACCAUGAUCUUGGUGGCCGUCAAGUGCAAGCGCGACAACAAGGAGAUCCGCACCUACAACUGCAGAAUUGCUGAGUACUCCUAUGGGCAUCAAAAGAAAUCAAGCAAGAAGAAAAAAAUCAGCAAGAAUGACAUCCGUCUGGUACCCCGGGACGUGGAAGAGACAGAUAAAAUGAACGUUGUCAGCUGCUCCUCCCUUACUUCAUCGCUCAACUACUUCGACUAUCACCAGCAGACCUUGCCCCUGGGCUGCCGCCGGUCGGAGAGCACCUUCCUCAACGUGGAGAACCAGAACACGAGGAACGCGGGCUCCAACCACAUCUACCACCACACGUUCCCCGGCCAGAGUCCCCAGCAGCCGGAUCUGAUCAUCAACGGGAUGCCGCUGCCGGAGACUGAAAACUACUCUUUGGAUUCAAACUACGUGAACAGCCGAGCCCACUUGAUAAAAAGCAGUUCAACGUUCAAGGACUUAGAAGGAAACAGUCUCAAGGAUAGCGGACACGAGGAGAGCGAUCAGACCGACAGCGAACACGACGUCCAGCGGGGCCUGUAUUGUGACACCGCUGUCAACGAUGUGUUGAAUACCAGCGUUACAUCCAUGGGGUCUCAGCUGCCUGAACACGAUCAGAGUGAAGGAUUUCAUUGUAGGGAAGAGUGCCGGAUCCUCGGCCACUCCGACAGGUGCUGGAUGCCCCGGAACCCCAUGCCCAGCCGGGCCAAGUCGCCCGAGCACGGCAGGAAUGUCAUCGCCCUGUCCAUAGAGGCGACCACUGUGGACACGGAGCCUUACGAAGAGUGUACCACCAAAAGGACUUUUGCCACGUUUGGCAAAGACGGGGGCGACCAACCGGUCGAGGAUCGGGCCCCCGCCAAGGCCAAAAGGACAGUCGACCUGCCCCUCUGCAGCCCAAAGGUCAAUGGCGCCAUCCGGGAGGCGGGGAAUGGCUGCGAAGCGGUCAGCCCCACCACAUCGCCCCUCCGCCUCAAGAGCCCCCUGUCCACCAAACCCCCGGCGUCCUACAACAUAAUGCACUGUCCUGCCACCAACCGUGACCUGGAGCCAUUUGCGAACAGUGGGCCCUCCCGGCCAACCGAGGCGGAGCCCCGGGGAGCAGACAGUGAAAACAUAAUGCAUGAAAUCAACCCGCUUCUGCAAGAAUGUCGAGAAAGAGACUCACCGGGAGGGAAGAGAUUGAAAGACAUAGUACUCUGAACACGGCACAAAGGAAGGAGAAACGAUCCGACGACAAGCGCGUAUUGUUUUUAAUGGCUUUCCGAUGGUUCACAAACCGCUGUAUUUAAAAGCUUUCCCUAAAUGUAUCGUUUAUAAAUGAAGCUAUCGUUCUGUGACAAUCCCUUUUGUUUCAACAGGCAGCAGGGGUGUUCACUUGGAGCAAAUUUGCUUUGGGUUUCUUGUUCACGGGGGCCAUUGGAGUGGGGAAAUGGUAACACAAAAUCAGUCUUGAGAAGUAUUCUGUACUAAGUAUUUUGAAUUUAUAUAUUUUUCUAUAUCAAAAUUAUAAUAUCAAGUACCAUUAUUUGUAAGAAUUCAAUUGAAAGCAAACGAUCUGGAUAGCGUCAGUAAAUGCAUUAAGUUUUUCGUAGUAUAGAGAAGUAAUGGCCAUUUCUUGUGUACCAGUUUGAAAGAAGCCAGUGGCUUAAAACAGUAACCCGACCAAAAGUUGUUUCUAGAGCUCACGUCCUUGAAAAGCUCACAUCUAGAGCUCUUUUGCCGUGGACACCCCUGAUUAAGAUCCCUUUUGCUGUCACAUGCUAUCUGUACUAUUAUCGUAUUUGAUAUUGCAAAUUACUGUAUGUUUAGUGAUGGCAAAAGGCUUUAAGGGUUUUUUUAAUUAAAAAAAAAAAACAAAUAGAACCAACGGUACCUAUGGACCGAAUAUUGGAGACCAGGGGAAAAACCGCACAUUCCCGAACCCUGAGAGCAACGGCUUUAUCGUCUCACCCAGGGUAUUCCCCUGAUCUCAGCAUCUUCUUCAGGCGACGACGGAUCGUUGUGGAAAGUCUUUUUUGGGUCUUAUGAUACCUAAUUUGUCAGAAAUAUUGAGCUGAAAGUUUUAUGUGAAUCAAUUUUUUUAUUCCGGUUUUCAGGCACCGAAAGUUCCUCCAGAAGAUAUUGUAUUUAGGGUUUAGGCACCACCCCCCAUCAUCUAAAACGCAGAAUGGCUGAAUCUACUUAGAGAUCUAAAUUCUCCUAUCUUUAGAUGCACACGCACUCCCUGAUUCGGUUUCCCAAUCAUCGCUAGAAUUACACCACCUUAGUGCAUCGGGAGUUAGAAUGGGGAGGAUUAUCAUUUCCUUCUCCCGCGGUCUUCUAAAUAACUGUAGAGGAAGCAAUAUGAAGUGUACACUUAGGAAAAGACUGGUGAAAUGUAACAACGUUACUAAUCAAAAUAAUGUGCCUUCCAAAUGGAGAAAAAUGAAAGUGAGUCUUUUCAUAACUAGUACAUUUUUGUGUGAUGAAAACUUUGAAUAUGUAUGAAACUGUUAAAAUAUAAAUCCAUUGGAUUUACUUAACAGUUUUUGGGGUUUGUUUUUGGUGUGGGAUGGGGCAUAUAUAUAAAUAUAUAUACGGAUUUUUUUUAAACCAAACUGUACAUUAUUGACUGCUUGGGUGUGUGGUUUUGGUUUUUUUUUUGUUUUUUGUUUCUCUUUUUCAGGUAACUAUUCCUUUUUGUUCCUUUUUUUUUCCAAAUGAAAAGUAUAUCCUUACUGCCUAACAGUUCACUGCUAUGAAACAAACAAAAACCAACUCACAGGGAUCUCACCCCUUCUUGGCCUUGGCACUAAACAGCUGUGUCUUGGAACUGUACUCAUUAGUAAAAUGUAUUGAAAUUAUGAAAUAAAUGCAGAUAGAAGGCUCCUGGUGCGAGGGCACUUGAAUUCCAAUGAGCACCAGGCUUUUUUUUUUUUCUGGAGUGAAGGUAGGAAAGUCAAAUAGGUUUAAGGUUUCGGUUAUUUCUGUGAGAGCUCACGACUUGGUCCAUUAUUAACUAUAUUUGAUGGGGGUGGCGAGGGGCUAAUUUAGAAAAGUUUCCAGCAAAGAACCGCUGGCAAAACUGCAAACACUUCCUUACUAGGACAACUACCUCAAUCAAAUGUCUCUACAACUAAUGGCCCUCUUAAGUGGACCCAGAAUGAGUAGUCCACUGUUGCUUUACAAAACUUCAGUUCCCUUUUUCUCAGAUUAAAUUCUUCAGUUUGUGUUGGGACACAGGUGUGACCACUCUUGAAUGGGCUCUGAACAAGUGCUGGGGGGGUAGAAGGCGGGUGCCUGGAAAGACCGAGUUGUCUCCACGGGCUCACACGGCUCCCUGCAGCAGAGCAUCACCCAGUUAGAUGAGCGGCAUCAUGGAUUUCUCUUGCUUUCUGCAACUGAGGACAUCCAGCUCCAAUUUGUCCAUCUUCCCCAUCAAACCGUACUCCCUGUUCUGGCCUAUUCUUGUGGGUGGCUCUGUAUCUGUCUGGUUGGAGAAAGCCAAGGGCUGGAUGCAGGGUAGUUUGGGAGACAGUUCACCCAACCAUUUUCUAAAAAAUAGCAUUCUCUUGUCCCACUCGCUCUCUGACUCCCGGAAACACUAGUGCAGUGUCGGGGCUUCUCAGUUGGACGGGAAGUACCGCUAGUGGUCCAAGACGUGGUUUGAAGCAGGGAUAGAAUUAACGGGGAGUUUCAUUUCCCCUAUUCCACUUGCCUGGCAAAGACUAAGGAUACCAAAGGGUCAGACCUCAGGAAUUUCCCUGGCUGCAAGCAUGUGAUGUGCCCACCCCUCGAGAGGCGGAGUCCCUUUUGGAAAGGCUGGGGCUCCAUUAUGUUUCAUCUCACUUCCUGUUUAGGAGGUGCUCUUGUACCCAACAGCAGUGACCUAACAACUUGGGCAAUUCCUAAGGCCCAAAGCUUCCCACUACCAUAUACUUUUUUAUUUUUUAAUUCUGUUUGUUUUCCCAGUUUUGGGAGAAAGAAUCAACAGGGAAUGGGGAGUUAGGAGUCAUUUAAGAUAGAGUCUCCUUUUUCCCUGCCCCUGGAAAGAGUAAGGUAUGAACCUGUUCAAAUUAAGACUCUCUUCAGGCUCCGUCACCGCAAAGGCAGGUAUCCACAGAGCCAUCAGCCUUAUUGCAGAGAGCUCAUUGUCAAACCUUGAAUACAUGUGCAAGGCGUUGAGGGAAUGACAAGUUGCAAUAUUAGACACGCUGAUCUUCAAUUAAAAAAGUUAAAGGAAAAUUAGCCCAAGAUCCCCAAAUGCCUGACUUUUAGCUUCCUCUCAAGAUACUUUAUCUUUUUAAUACCUUUUUCUCUAUCUCUGCUUGGUAAUGUGUUACCAAUUUGUCUAUUUGAAAGUUAGGUAUAUUAUCUCCAAAAUGCUAAAUUAGAGGCGCUGACUGAAAUCGGAAAAGCAAGGUGUAGUCUGGGAGUGGGAUCAGGGAAAGGGAAGAGGCACAAGGGGGGGCGUCUGGGAUUUGGGGUCAGUAAAGGAUUACUGUAUAUUACAGCAAUGUUGAUUGUAAUUUCAAUUCAACUCAUGAGAACCACUUUGAUACGCACUUUUCCCCACACGUUUAUCUUUUUGGCAAACUUGAUCCACCUGGGGCAGUAAGAAUCUUUAUAACUAGUGCUUUUUUGUUGUUGUUGUUAUAAAUGAACUCAAGAAGCUCAUUGUAUAAAAUCCUAGUGUUUGACUGGUUGGAUAAUUAGGAAUUCAUUUCAUGAGUCCAGUUGUCUUCUAUAGUGAAGUCCAUGGCAGCACUUUCUAAAAACAUGAGAAAGUAAUCUUCAAAGGGGAAAGUUUGGGAGAGGGUGGAUUUGCGUGAAUAAAACAAACAAAAAAAUCACUCAAGGGCAUAAUGCAUUGCCCUGAAGUUGAGACUACGCCUGUUUUAUUGUGAGGCUGGAGAUGGUCUUUGGGUAACGUAUUGUGCCGAAGUGAAUUACUUUCAACUAGGAAACAAGUUACCUUUGUAAAGAGCACCUUGUCUGAUUAAUAUGUUUAAAUUGCUCUUUGAAAAAAAAAAACACAAAACCCUUAUUACCCAUGGAAACUCAUUGUCUGUCACUGGGGAAAACUGAUGAAUCUUGUUGGUUCAGCUGCCUUUGCAGCGAAAGAUAGUCUUUCAUCCAAUUUGGGAGUUGCAGUUCACCAUAGCGGAAGAGUCAGCUACCACCAUUCCAGUGCUGGCGAAGGGGAUUUUCCUGGCAUCAGCUGAUGUUCAGCGAAUCUAAACUGGGGUAGAAUCUCUAGUGACCAAGGAUCAGCCCAGCACAAACUAGAUUGCAGCAACAAAUACCUCCCUGUGCUGUUUGAAUGCUAAGGAAUUGGUUGUCUCAAGUCUACAGCUCCUCUACUUGAGAGGAUUUGGCCUACUGACACAUCACUUUUUACCUCCCGAACCAGGGUGAAAUUUCAGUGGGACUCAACGUGGUAUGUCUCAUCAUGCAGUCUCUGUUGCUGAUAAUAUGAAGAAUAAAUUGUUGUAUAUGCUGAUCUGUAUGUUAUGUACAUUUUCACAGUGAUUGAAUCAUUGUAAAGAAAAAGGAAUCACCAUUCUGUCUAUUUUAAGAAAAUGAUAAAGCAGCUUUAUUAAAUUAUUACAAUUAUGUUUCAAAUGGUA